AUGGAGGGUACACCUCAGAUCCUGGGGGCCAGUGGGGAGCCAUCAUCCCCCACAAAUCACCUCUCCAAGAGGCAGAUGAGGGAGGAAAUGGAGAGGCUGACUACCCAGCUGCAGGUGAUAACCCAGGAACGAAAUGACCUGCGGGAUCGCUUGAUCCUCUUAACAGAAGGAUCCUUGGACAAUAGGCCCUACAACAGGCCAAACCCUUUCGUGGAGAAACUCAAGAAGGAACACAAACAUCUCAUGAUGGACCUCCAGAGCUUGGAGACAGAGAAAGCUGAAGCCUCAGAGAACCUCAGGGAGCUGGAGAAGGAGACUGGCUUCUACCGCAACCUCCAGAGCAGGCUCCUGAUGGAACAGACUCAGCUGAAGAAGAGAGUGGACAUGCUGAGGCAGGAGAACAGGAAAGUGCAAGGGGAUUGGGCCCUGCUGAAGCAGAUCUGCAAGGACCGAGAGGAGAGCAGCGACCUCCAGACCAAGCAGCAGCAGGAGCUAGAGAGACUGGAGGAAACGCUGCAGUGCAUGCGGAAGCAGAAGCAGCUGGCCAUGCAGCAGAGGGACUCGGUCUUCAACCUGAAGCGUCAGAUGCUGGUCCUCCAGAUGAGGUCUGAGAGACUGCAGCAUGAGCUAAACCUGGCCUCAGUCCAGCAGGAGAGCCUCCUCCUGCAGAAGGAGCAGCUGGAUGAGAAACCACCUGCUGAGCCCCAUCCCCAGCAGCCAUGGAAUGCCUGGGAUGACAUUUCUUUAUCUAAAUUUGUUACCUUUGUGUGAAUAGACCCUAAGUUUUUCUAGCCAUUGAGCCAGCCAGGCUGCUUCUGGGUCUGAUUUCCUUUACUUUCUGACA